UCUUAAUAUUCUGGUCAGGGUGUGAAUUUGAAUUGCUCUGGGGCUACUAUAAAAACCGUUGCGGAGAGUGCGUAGGUAUCAAAUACUUUGUAACCGUUUUCCACACAGUCCAGUGUAAAUCAAAAAACAAAUUUAGUCAAGAUGGUGACCAAAUGCAUUAUCUUCUUCGUUCUUGCUGUCAUUGCUUUGGCUCAAGCUGGCAUCAUUGCUCCUUAUGCUGCUUCAUAUAACGCCCACGCCAUCAACCAUGCCAUCGCUGCUCCAGUCGUUGCGGCCGCUCCAGCUCCCCUAGUUGCAGCUGCUCCAGCUCUCCCAGCAGCCUACUCAGCCUUACCAGCGGCUUACUCAGCCUUACCAGCUGCUUACUCAGCUUUACCAGCUGCUUAUUCAGCUUACCCAGCUAUUCUCUAAGGGACUCAAUAUUAAUAUUAACAUGACGGGCAUGCGGCAAUCGAAAAUGAA